AUGUGUCAGCCUAAGUUUCUCCCAGAGCCAGAGGCUCCUCUCGUGGGUUAUGGAAGCAGGGUCCGGCUUCCGACGGGCAACCGCUCGCGAACCAUUUCCCUGCAAGAGCUCAUGGAGCAUUUUCACCUUCCGAUAAACGAAGCUGCUUGCAAGUUGGGCGUUUGUGUCACCGUCUUGAAGCAGCAAUGUCGUGAACACGGCAUCCAGAGGUGGCCGUUUCGGAAGGUUCGCAAGCUAGACAACAUGAUUCACGCUUUAGAAAAUUCCACACCGCCCGAGCGACUGCGGCCGUUCGCGCUUACGAACGGAGAAGAAGAGAGUUUCUUUGCUACUGCUUUUGACCACAUGACUAGCCGGUGGUCUCUAUCCCCUUCUAAUAAAUAUGGAGGAUCGACGGCAUCGGCGGGCGAUGGCCGGUUCGUCCCGAACCCGUUCCAGUACAAUGCGCGCGUGGCGUCAGCGCUGGUACCGUGCGUGCUGGUGCUGCUGGGCGCGGGAGGGCCGAUCGUCGUCGGCACGCUGGUGGCAGGGCUCAUGCUCUCGUACGUGCUCGACGCGCUGCAGCUCAAAACCGCCGCGUUCGUCGCCAUCUGGACGGCCUUCUUCUCCACCGCCGCCGCCAUCGCGUUCUCCGGAGUCGGCUUCGCGCCGCACGUGCCGGUGCCGCUCUCUCUGCUGGUGCUGCUCUCCUCCGUGAACCUCGUGUUCCUGUGCGGCGUGUGGGUGUCGCUGCAGUUCCGAUGGCUACAUCUCGAGCACCCCUUCGUCGUCCUCACGCUCGAGCGACUCCUCUUCGCCUGCACGCCCAUUACCGCCGUCGCCAUAGUCACCUGGGGGCUAGUCGCGUCUUUGGGGAUCGUGUACGCGCCUUAUUACCUCGUGCCCGUGCUCUUCGCGCUCUUCUGGCUCUUCUCCCUCCCCGCUCCCUCCUCCUUCCGCGCUGCGAAGCACCAUCCGCGGCUCCGCGGGAAGGAAUCCGACGACGUGUUCAUUCUCGGGUCGCUGGAGAGCGCGAUUCACGCGGGCGUGCUGCUGUUCCUGCCGUUGGGCUUCCACGUGGCGGUGCAUCGCAACCGUUGGAUGGAGUCAGCGAGUGACAUCUGCGACGAUCUGCUGCUCUUCUUCCUGCCUGUGCUCUUCCUGCUCGUCGCGUCCACCCGUGGCGCGCUGCACUGGCUCGUCCGCGACCACUCCAAGCUGCAACACGUGCGUAGCACAUACCAACGUCUUUUGCUCUCCCCAUCACUCUCCCCUUCCUGCCACCCUUCCUGCCCCACCACCUGUUGCCCCUCCUGCUCCCCUCCCUGCUCCCCCUCCUCCCCCUCAUGCUCCCUAUCCUACUCCCCCUCCUGCCCCCCCUCCUUCCCUCUCCUGUCCCCCCGCCUGCCCUCCACACUGCCCCCCCAGGUGAGCUUGGUGAACGGGGCAUUCGCACUGGCAGUGGUGCUGGUGUGCGGGGAGGUGCAGGUCAUAUUCCCGUCCUUCGCGCACUACAUCCACUUCCCGCCGCCCCUCAACUACCUCCUCGUCACCCUCGCCCUCUUCGGCCUCGCCUUUGGCUUCGCCGCACACCUGCUGGGGCUCGUGACAGGGCUUGUGGGCACGUCCGUGCUCAUGACUGUGCUGCUCGUCUCUGCUGUAGCUGGGUCUCUCGUGCUCGGCAUGCCCCUCACUAUGCUCCCCGCACCCGCCAUAGCAGCAGUGUACCUCGCCCACUUCCACUCCUCCCGUUCCCUCACCUCCUACCUCAUAUUCGCAGCAGCAGCAGCCAUCGCAGCCACCUGGUUCGUUCUCGACCAUUUCUUCUUCCUCGCCCUCUCCGUCGCCGGCGUGCCUCUGCGCUCCAUCUGCCAGGGGAUGCUCGCCGCGCUGCUGCUCGCGCUGCUCGUGCCGGCUGCCACGCUGCUGCAUCGGCCCCAGACGAUUGCAGGGGUGCUGGUGGUGCUGCAGGCGCUGCUGUUCGCGUGGCUGGAGAGCCUGCUGUACAACGGGGACGGGCGGGCGGAGGAGGGCGUGUAUCCGAGCUUCCUGGUGGUAACCACCACAGUGGCAGGGCUGGCAGCGGUGCAGCGGUUACACGUGGAGCACAAGAUAGGCGCGGUGGCGGAGUGGGUGGCCUCGUGCGUGUACCUGGCCAAGCUGCCCAUGCUCGCUGUCUCCUCGCCUGGUGCCACCCUCUCCUCCCUGCUGCUGCUGCUUGCUGUCACCCCGCCUUUUUUCCUCUACCGGGACAAGGCCCAUGCGCGCUCGCGCAUGCGCCCGGGAAUGGCGGUGGUGCAUGCAGCAGCGGCAGUGGCAGCAGUGGUGCAUGCGCGCUUCAUGCUCUUCGACAUUGCCGUCUCUCUCACCGGUCACCGCCCCUCCCACGCUCUGCUCAUCGGCGCUCUGUUGCUCGCUGCCAUCGCUGCCUGCCUGCCCAUCCUCCUCCUCCACUUCCCGCAUUCCAUGUCCGCAAGGCGAGCAGCAGCGCUGGCAGCAGCGGGAGCAGCGCUCUUCAUGUGCCUGCAACCACCGCUCCCCCCCGCAUGGCGCACUCUCUGGGACUCGGCCCAUUUCCCCGACGAGGACGACCCCGACGACUCCACCAUCUACGCCCUCCCCACGCACGGCCCCCUCUGGCCCGCCUGGCUCCUCCUCUCCCUCAUCCUCUCCGGCCUAGCCACUUUUCUCCGCGCGAUUCCCAUAGGGGAGGUGGAGGCAGCGCGGGUGGGGUAUGCGGUGGGAAUGGGUGUAGCCACGGGGGUGUCUCUACAGGCGGAGUUUUUCCUCUUCCUGCCGCUGCUCCCGCGGGCGCUGCUCUUCCUGGCGGCCAUAGCAGGGGCGCUGUUUCUCGUGCUUUCCCACCGACCACCGGCCUGGAUCCCCCCCCACUCGCCGCUGCUGCCAGGGCUGUUUGCGCUGCAGGCAGCGCUGCUGCCGCUGACGUACCUGGCGGUUGGGAGGGCGGCACUGGUGGAGGUGCAUGGGGAGGGGGAGGCGGGCCAGGAGUAUGACUUGUAUGACGACACGCGGCGACAGGUGAGGGGCUGGUUGGUGGGGGGAUGGGUCGGUACAAUCGUGGGAUUGCUCGUUGUGGGACAGGAGUUUCCUGUUUACUAUACCACCAUUGCUAAGGGCGUAUUCCAGCCUGGUGGCAAGGCAACUGUUGAAGGCAUCCGAAAUUCUUGA